CGGGCCUGGGGGUCGCGCGGGGCGCUCUCCGGGUUCCGGGGCCGCGCGCCCUGCGGCGGCCGGGAUGGAGGAGCCUGGGGCAGCAGUGACCACGGCCGGGGAGGCCGAACUGAACUUGUCCCGUCUCAGUGUGUCCCCCGAGACGCUGGAGUCGGAGUUGGAGUCGCGGGCCGAGGAGCGACGCGGCGCGCGGGAGGCGCUGCUGCGGUUGCUGCUCCCGCACAACCGUCUGGUGUCGCUGCCGCGGGCUCUGGGCAGCGGCUUCCCGCACCUCCAGCUGCUGGACGUGAGCGGCAACGCGCUGACCGCGCUCGGGCCCGAGCUGCUGGCGCUGCGCUGCCUGCGCACGCUGCUGGCCAAGAACAACCGGCUCGGCGGGCCCUGCGCGCUGCCCAAGGGUCUGGCCCAGUCGCCUCUCUCUCGCAGCCUUCAAGUGCUCAACCUGAGCGGGAACUGCUUCCAGGAGGUGCCCGGCUCGGUGCUGGAGCUGCGCGCGCUGCAGACCCUCAGCCUGGGCGGCAACCAGCUGCAGACCAUCCCGGCUGAGAUCGAGAACUUGCAGAGUUUAGAGUUUUUAUAUCUUGGAGGAAACUUCAUCAAAGAAAUCCCACCAGAAUUAGCAAAUCUGCCUUCUCUAAAUUACUUGGUAUUAUGUGACAACAGAAUCCAAAGUGUGCCUCCUCAGCUUUCACAGUUGCAUUCGCUUCGAUCCCUCAGUCUUCACAAUAACUUGCUGACAUACCUGCCUCGAGAGAUCCUCAACCUUAUUCAUUUGGAAGAAUUGAGUUUGCGAGGAAAUCCGUUGGUUGUGCGUUUUGUUAGAGAUUUAACCUAUGACCCUCCAACUCUCCUGGAAUUAGCUGCGAGGACCAUUAAAAUUCGAAAUAUUUCCUACACUCCCUGUGAUCUUCCUGGGAAUCUUCUUAGAUACUUGAGUUUAGCCAGCAAUUGCCCAAACCCAAAGUGUGGAGGAGUCUACUUUGACUGCUGUGUCAGACAAAUCAAAUUUGUGGACUUCUGUGGGAAGUACCGCCUCCCCCUGAUGCACUACUUGUGUUCGCCAGAAUGCUCUUCGCCCUGCAGUUCUGCCUCUCACAGCUCCACGUCCCAGAGCGAAUCUGACUCAGAGGACGAAGCCAGUGUUGCCGCACACAGAAUGCAGAAAGUCCUUCUUGGCUGAAGAGAGUGCAGGGUGGAACGAAACACUGAAAGACUGAGGAAAGGUGGUUAGGAAAGGAGGAGACUUUGAAGUUCACUAGAAACAUUAUCUUCACCUUGAAUGUCCAUGAAAGAGUCAGAGGUGAUGUAAAAGAUUUUAUGUUUCAUUUACUCAUUCAGCAGGAAUGAGUCGUUUCAUGUUUGGGUUUUUUUAAUGUAAUUCACUCUGAAUGGCAGUUUUGAGUUGGCUGAUUGUUUGCAAUUUUCACUCAAGUGUUGUAUAACUCUCACAGCAGACUAGAACAUUCUGAAAAGUAGUGCUAUGAUAAACCAUGAGUGGCGACAGUUACGAUGAAGAGAGAAAUGCUCAAAGCUGUAAUCAUUACCAGAGUUGUCCUUGGGUUUAGGGGAACACUGUACUAUAAUAGGAUUACCCUCCUUUUCGUAUAUUAUUCAUGUGUCAAAAUUACAGAGCUGUUCAGAUAAGCUCACAGAUGGUUACAUAGGACCUAAACCUUUCUGACCUACUAACUGGUAAAGCAGGGAUAUAACUUUAUGUGGGAUUUUAAAACUCUUCAUUUUUGCUCCUUUAUUUUAUAUGAUGGUUGUUACCCUUAGGUAAUCCACAAAUGGCUGUUAUAGUGCCUUAAGUCCUAGCUAGGAUUUAGAAGUUUAUUCAAGAAAUGAUGCCAGAGCAGCCUAUAUCCUGUCAUACUAUGCAGAACACUUGAAAUAUGCUUUAACAGAACUAGGUAAACAACUAUGUAUCUGACAUCUGAGCUCAUGGCCACCUUAACUUCAUUUUUUGCUUAAACAUGAAGUAAUCCCCCUAGCAAAUCACUUUUACACUUAAUGGGAGGCCACAGUCUUGAUCAAUCUGUUCAUCAUAAGAGAAUAAUAGUUUUUGAUUGAAAAAUCAGAUUUCUUUUGACAGAAAAGAGAGGUAAGCUAAGAAAGCUUCUUUAUAUCUUAUAUUAAAGGAGCGGGAAAGUGAUUUAAAAAUUUUAAUAGUCAUGAUUCCAUUGCCUAUGUGUACUAAAUUGUAACUUUCUCUACAUUUUAAAGAAACACUAGAAAAACAUUACAACAAACCAAAUAAAAUUUGGGGCAGCAGUCAUUGUGUUUGUACACAGUAGAACAAUUUUCAGAACCAGUUUAACCAUGGGAUAUUUUUUGAAAAUAAUGUAUUGAUAACAUAAAAAAUUAUUAAAUAAUCCUUAAAGUGCAGCAGAAAAAUGCUUUCAGAUUACUUUCUAUUAGAAAUGACCCAAUUUUUUUUUAUUAACUAGCUUAAUAUGCAAUAAAAGUUGAAUAAUUGUCCACUUACAAGUUGGUAGUAUAAAAUAAAAUACACAACACAUACUAGCAAUCUUAGAUCAUUCACCUAUAAUAACUUGAUUGUUUGUUGGUAAGUGUUACCUAUACAGUAACACGCAGGUCAGAAAUGCAUUGGAACAGGAGAUGAUCUCCCUUCUGACUUGCUGGCAUUCGUGAAUGGACACAUCAUUUCUUAAAACAUUGUUUUGCAAUAAUUAUAUGUAUAUGUAUUAGGUUUUUGUCAUAUAUAUUAUUUUUUAUUUUAGAAGAAUAUACUGUAGGAUGGUUCAGUUUUUGUCUGUUUAUUAUAUGUUAGUUCAUGAAACAUCAUGAGAGUUUCAUGACUGCAGUUGUGAAACGCUGCUAUAAAGAAAAUCCCUUCCCCUUGUUAUAAUGUAGUAAGAUUCUUUUUUCCUUUUGAUUCAGAAUUUUCUGUCUUUGGAAGUAAUCUAGUAUAUUUCUGCUGCCUAACAAAGUAGUAUAUGGGUGAUUAUAUCUUACAAUGGAAGUAAUAAAAAGUCUUUGUUUACUUCUCCUUUUGAGCCACAGCAAGCUACAUACUAUAAACUUAUAAAUGGUAAAGAUGACUUAGGCAGUGCCUAAGUGGCAAGCACAAAAUGUUUUUAAGUGACUUAGUUUACAUACAUAAAACAUUUUCACAGAAAAUCAUGUAUUCAUAGUAAAAUACUCAAAUUAAUACGACCAAAUUUUUAGGCUUAAAUGUCACAAUUUGCUUUCAAAUUCAUUACCAGCUUGGCCUAACAGCUUGGGUAACCUUCUAAGAGUUAGUCUUUGUAAAAUAAAUAGGUAGGUAUGUAAAUAUGGUAUUUAACCUUACAUACCUCUUUCCAGCUUCCCAGAAAGAAGAUAUACUGAUUUAGCUUUUACAAAUGUGUAAGGAGGUCCAACCAGAAAGAGUUUCUAGCCUUUGCUAUAUAAUGUGGAUACAUACCAAAGUAUACGGCAAAAUACUUUCAGCAAAAUGUUUGCUAUGGUUCUCUAUAUGUACAUUUGAAAACCUAAGAUCAGUGUCCAACUGUCUUUGGUGACGUUUACUGAAAUCUACAUUAUAGCUGUUAGUUUUAUCUUCUUUUUAAAUCUUUUACAAGAGCUUUUUACCUUUUGUAACCUUUUACAGAGCUGCUAAUAAUUUCUAAAAUUUUUCCCUGUUUUAUUUCCCCCCUACCUUCCCUUUUUUUGUAACAGGUGACUGUAGAUACUAACCAGAAGGUGAGAUACAAGGGACUUGAUAUUCUAGAAACCAUAUAAUCAGCUCCCGAAUCAUAUAGCUAACCAUGUAGUUAAAAUAAUAGUCUAUCUCUCUUUAGUUGUUACGUCACGUUUGUGUUUAAACUAUAGUUAAUAAACUUUAACUGUAUUUUUUGAGAUUUAUAGAAUCUGCAUGAAUUUUCAUAAUGAAAUAAGUAUUUUUAUCUUCACUUGGACAGUUUUAGUGACCAAAAGUUAUAUGGAUAAAACUACUUAACCAAAGCGUUAAUGUGUUUGGAAUGAAAUUUUUCAGUGCUAAUAUUUGAAAUUGAAAUGGAUACACUGAAUAUUCUUAGUAAUCUUUAUUCCUAGAAUCCAGUUCUCAGUGUCACCAAACUGAGUUGUGAAAUAGUCCUGGGAUUUUAGGAAAUAAGAAGAUUGGCUAAUAGGAUAUAUUUUGCUUUCAUAGUGCCAGAGAAUGACCUAAAGACAAGCUAGUCGGGGUUCUCAGUAUUCCCUGUAUUUGAGUAGUGGAGGUAGGUCUGAGGAUUACCUUUCAUAUUUUACUUCUAAAUGUGUGCCAGAAAAGUCUCUUAUUCUAAAGUUCUUGAUACUUGGAGCUUUAAGCCUUGAAAUUAAAAAAAAAAAAAAGACUUGCAUUGUAAAUUGUACCUCAAAUUUGAGAAAUUUUUGUAUUGCUGUAAAUAUAAGUAAAGGCAGUUCACACUAGCGCAGUGUAAUACUGUAGACCAGUUCCAUCAAACACUAUAAAUAUCAAUUUUAAAUAAAAGAAGAAAAGGAAAAGCCUCAUUACUGGAGUGUGAAGUGAAAGAACUAUUUUAAAGCAAAAAAGAGAGGGAAAUGGAACUCACUAGGGAUAUCCCUGAGCAAAGAAAGUUCUUUAAAGUAAUAGUGAAUUGUUUUAAAAUUAAGUGGCCCACCGACUACCAUCUCAAACGCCUUUCUCAUUGAUUUCUUUAGUUUCUGCUUUUGGGAUAUUGUCCACAUCCCUCCAUAAUGAAGGGCCAGCAAGCAAUAGGAUUUUUUUUUUUUAAGCCAACUUUGCACUUUCCAAAGGGAGAAAGUAAUACCUCAUUAACCUGGAAUUUGUGGUACAGUCUUGGUUAAUGUUUAUCUUUCACUAUGUAAAAAAAGAAAAAACACAAAACAGAUAAUUACUGCAGAUAAAUUUGAUCUUUUAAAGCAUUUUAUAGAAAAAAAUAUUCUAAAUAAUAACCUUUGUAGACAAAACUAUAUCAGUUAUAGUAUGUGUAUAUAAAAUUAGUUAAGCUGCACUUUUUUAGAAAUACCUAACUUUUACCUAAAAGAGUCCCUUUCUUCUUAUCCAAAAUAGAGAUUUUAUUAUGGCUGUAUCAAUACUACUCCCCAUUUAGUCCAAAAUAGUGAGCUUUCAAUACUGAGCUGGGCAUUUAACAACAGUAAAGGCUAUCUGCAAUACACAGUUCUGAUUUCCUCUUUAUAGAAGAGACAUAAUUGACGUUCACUGUGUCUGCAUUAACACUAUACUCUGUAACAUUAAUGUGAUGAAUUUAAUAGCAUCCAGUUUUGUAUUUUCAUUAGAGUCGUGAUUCUUUUAAAGGUAGCAGUGUCUUCAGUUGUGCUCAGAAAAGUAUGUGCCUUAAAUCCUCCACUCUACGCGCAAAGUUUGGGAACUUUGUCAUUUAAUAAGUUGUGAGAGUCUUGUCAUCCUUUGCAUUUGACUUGAGGGAGAAAAACUGUGAUUUUGAGGGAUUCCUUUCACCUCAUGUCUGUGAAUCUCGGGCUUCUGGAGAGGGAAUCCCAAUUAUGCAUCCUCGCAGAAAGUCAAAGCCAUAAGGAUAAUGUACCCUGAAAUAAAAUCAGUGAAAAGGUAUGUUCUCUUUUAUUUUAUAAAGAAAAUUUAUCUGCUACCACUAAGGGGUGAUAGCAGUUCCUAACCAACUUCAUAUUAAUGACAUCAUAUAAAGAUAUUAUUGCCAUCAGGCCUAGCAUAUUUUGUGAGUGGCUUCUCUAUAAUACUACGUUGAAGGGGGGGUGUAUUUUUUAAUAUUUUUGCAUGUAUAUAUCUUCAUUCUUUUUUCUUCUCCUUGGUCCAUAUUUGCCAACAUCAUGUAGAAAAUAACAGUUCACUAACAACACACAUUUCACAUUAUUAAACAUUUUCAGGGUAAUAUUGAUUUGGGUGCUACUAGACUUAUCUAAUAUUGAUCUGUCUCAAUUUAUCACAAGAGACAGCAUUUAACCUUGUAAAUAUUCAAAUGUACUUAGUUUAAUGAAGAUUUUUUAAUAUACCAUCAUACCAGAAAGCCAUGGUUUCUGGAGAGACUGACUGCAUUCACCAGAACUUAUUUCUUCCUUUUUUGUGAAUAAAUUGGAUAAAAUUGUUUUAUUCUAAAUUCCAGUCAGGGCAAGAAACUAGAAUAAGAUUGACAUCUCUACUGCUGGUACUACAAAAACAUCACUAAAUUGGGUUAAUACUUCUGUCUGCAACUGAUGUUUUUAGAGACUCCUUUCACUAACUUAAAUAGUUGUCAUUGAUGUAUUAUUGGAAAGGAAUAUUAAACUCAGUGAUCCCUUUACAACAAUCAUGGAGAGACCUCUGUGCCUGCAGUUGGUGUUUAUUGCAUUUCUGAGCCCACUUUGUAUUCAUGAGAAAAAAAAACAUAAUGGGGGGAAUAUUUUAAAUAAUCAGUAUUUUAACUUUUUAUAAAGUUUGGGACUUUAAAGUAUAAAUAAAGGAUGUUGAAAAUCAUGUACUUUGGUCAAAUUACUUUUUAUCUGAUUUUAAAAUUUUCUGUAUUUGAAAUCUCAUGAAUUAGGAGUAUCUAUAUAGGUAUAUAUAGAUAUUUAAAACUUAAUGGUAACAAUAAAUGUAAUUCAGCAACAUGAUUCAAUAAUUAAAUUUUAUUUUCAGGACAAGAUACAGUUCAUUGCAUCAAAUUUGUAAGUUACCUUGUAAUGGUAAAUGCUCUAAAAAGACUGUUUAAGCUACUUCAAUUAUUCCCCCAGGACACACAAAAGAAUGUGAUCUUGUAUUAACUAACCCCCUGUGUGAAUUUUUCUGUAUCAAACAUUGUGCUGUAUUGUAUUAAAAGUGUGUUGUUGGAAUUUGAUUCUAUACUCUGGAAAAGUAAUCGUAUUUUAGUUUUAAUUGACAAGCAUUUAUUUUUUAAAAAAACUAAAAUCCUUGUAAUGUU